AUGAUCGCCUGGCGCUGCACGCUGUGCUCCCCGGAGUACCCGGCGGGCCGGGACAUGGUGCUGAUCGCCAACGACGUGACACACAAGGCCGGCUCCUUCGGAGUGGACGAGGACAUCCUGUUCCAGAAGGCCUCGGAGUAUGCGCGCGAGCGGGGGCUGCCCCGGAUCCACAUCGCCUGCAACAGCGGGGCCCGGGUGGGACUGGCGGAGGAGCUGAAGCCGUUCAUCAAGGCCAAGUGGACCAAGGACGAUCCCUCCAAGGGCUUCGACUACCUCUACCUGGAGGAGGACGCUUUCAAGAGCUUCCCGGAGGGCGCCAUCGAGGCCCACCAGGAGGAGGUGGCCGGCAAGACGCGGUACGUCAUCGACUCCAUCGUGGGGGCAGGGCUGAAGUCCACCCAGGGGGGCAUCGGAGUGGAGAACCUGCGGGGGAGCGGCCUCAUUGCGGGAGAGACCUCCAAAGCUUACAACGAGGUCUUCACCCUGUCCUACGUGACUGGGCGUUCUGUGGGCAUUGGCGCGUACCUGAACCGACUGGGCCAGAGAGUGAUCCAGAUGGUGAACGGCCCCAUGAUUUUGACAGGCUUCUCGGCGCUGAACAAGCUCUUGGGCAAGAACGUCUACAGCUCCCAGGACCAGCUGGGUGGGCCGCAGGUGAUGGUGCCCAAUGGCAUCACCCACCAGGUGGUGAACGACGACACCGAGGGUGUUGGGGCAAUUUUGGACUGGCUGUCCUACGUGCCGAAGGACGCCUACUGCACCCCGCCCAUCAUCGACCCCGUGGACUCCAUCUCGCGAGACGUGACCUUCACGCCCUCCAAGACGCCCUACGACCCCAGGCACAUGCUGGCAGGCACGCAGUCGGAGGGAGGGAAGCUGACCGGCUUCUUCGACGAGGGGAGCUUCAAGGAGUAUUUGCCCGGGUGGGGCAAGAGUGUGGUGGUGGGCCGAGCCAAGCUGGGCGGAGUGCCCAUGGGGGUCAUCGCAGUGGAGACCAGAAGCAUGGAUCGCAAGAUCCCGGCGGACCCCGCAAACCCGGAGAGUCAGGAGGUGGUGGAGCCGCAAGCAGGGCAGGUCUGGUUCCCGGACAGCGCCUUCAAGACCGCCACGGCCAUCCGGGACUUCAACCGCGGGGAGAAUCUGCCGCUGAUGAUCUUCGCCAACUGGCGAGGCUUCUCAGGCGGGACCCGAGACAUGUACCAGGAGGUGCUGAAGUUCGGCGCCCAGAUCGUGGACGCCCUGGUGGAGUACAAGAGCCCGGUCUUCGUGUACAUCCCCCCCGGCGGGGAGCUGCGAGGGGGGUCCUGGGUGGUCAUUGACCCCACCAUCAACCCGGAGCAGAUGGAGAUGUAUGCGGACGUGGAGUCCCGGGGCGGUAUCCUGGAGCCGCCUGGCAUCGUGGAGGUGAAGUUCCGGGCGGCGCAGCAGAAGGAGAUGAUGCACCGCCUGGAUCCGGAUUUGCGGAAGUUGGACGCGAUGCUGGAGGAGUCCUCCUCCUCGGAGGUGGGCAGUGUGGCGGCGGACGUGGAGGCGCAGAUCAAGGCACGGGAGGAGCAAGCUGGCGCCCUUGUACACUCAGAUCGCCUGCGAGUUUGCCGACUUGCAUGA